CCGCAGUAGCACUUGAUUCUGUCACCGAACUAGAAUUUUGUUGACAGACGUUUUGACUAAGCGCCUUCAAAACAUAACAAAAAAAAACAUUAAAGUUAAAAAAGAAAGAAUAAGUUAUAAUUGAUAAAGUGCAAUACAAUACGUUGUGAAAUGCAACGCUCCGAUGGAAACAUGGCUGUAGCGAAUACAGCAGACUUUCUACGAAAAGCUGAACACCUAAGAAAGUUGGUUAAUAAACAUGAAAAAGAGAGAGCAUCGAAUAACAAGCACAGGAGGUGGAAUGGCCUUCGAGCUUGUUUCUGUGAAUUAGAGGAGUAUGAAAACAAGCUGAACAUGGAACUCAAGGCUGAAACUCUGAAAGUACAGCAACAUAUACAAAAAAUGAGAAAUGGUGUGUACAGAUUCCAGGGGCAGCUGAUGGAUGUGAAGCCAUCUCCCAAUUUGAUUGAAAAACUGAAAGACAUCAUGAGUGAGAUCGAACACUCCAUCAACAUUUUCAAAGAACAGCAGCAUAAAAGUUUUGAGGAGCUCUUACAGGAGGAAAGGACUUGUUGGCAAGAGAUAUGGGCCUUUGAAAGGAAGAUUGACUCUUGGACAUUGGUUAUAGAGAAGGACAGUGAGUUUCCUAUAGUUACCAGUCAUGGCAUAGCCACAAAAAAAAAACAGGAGUUUCCUGUAGAUGUGUUGGCUUUGGAGACAUUCCUGCAGCAGACUGGAGGGAAAUUGGGAGGCUGGGACCAAUAUGACCAUCAGAGUUUCCUAAAAGUUUGGACCAAGCACCGUGGAAAACCCUCCUACAGGUCUGAGGUUAAACUCUACUUACCAGGCAAGAACGAGGAGGAUAUAAGAUUGCACGAGGACUGGUAUCAAGAAAUGUGCCAUCUCCAGGAAAAGAAGAAAGAGGCUAUCCAGAAAUGGAGAUCAGAACGGCAGAGAGAACGAGAAGCUCGUGUGCAACAGGAACACCAGGAUGAGGAAGCUGUAAGAAAAGAGCAAGAAGUCACUCUAGCGGAAGCCCAGCAUCUCAAACAGGAAGAAGAGCGGCGGGAGACAGCACUCCGUCUGGAGGCCUGGAGGAAGCAGCAGAAACUGGAGCAAGAACAGAAGGAGGAGCAGAGAAUCAGGGAAGAGGUGCUGCACAGCAAAAGACUAAAGGAGGAGAGGCGGAGGAAGCAGGAGGUCAAACUCGCUGUGGAGGCCCGCAUCAGGGAGAGGAGAGAAGAGGAGGAGCGGAGAAUGCUGGAGAAGGAAGAGCAUGAGCGAGCAGAGGUGGAGGAGAAGAGGAGACUGGCUGCUGCAGGCAUCAAACGUUUUCAAGAGAGGGAUCUACACAAGCUAGAGACAAAACUGCACGAAAGGCAGGGUAAAGAGGAGGAGCAAGUGGAACGGCUGAAGAAGCAAGCUAAACUAAAAGAGAAGGUUGAAGGCCACAUUAGCCGAGAUCCAUCAAGACUCUGGAAACCAACCAAAGGAUGGGAAGAACGCACCAAAGAGAUUGGGCCAACAGGAGGUGGACCUGUUUAUCACAUGUUUCAUAGGGCAAUCCCAACAUGGAGACAAGGCCUUUAAAUCCGUGCUCAGACUUCAGAGCUUCCAGACAUGCACAAGAAUUUAAUUAACUUUUUCUGUUUUGUGUGAAUUUUUUUUUUAAUGGAGUUGUUCACUUCUGUU